AUGGCUGAACCCCGCCAGGAGUUCAACGUGAUGGAAGAUCAUGCUCAGGGGGACUACACCCUGCUGCAAGACCAGGAGGGUGACGUGGAGCACGGCCUGAAAGAAUCUCCCCUGCAGACCCCGGCCGAUGAUGGAUCUGAGGAACCAGGCUCUGAAACCUCUGAUGCUAAGAGCACUCCAACGGCGGAAGAUGUGACAGCACCCUUAGUGGAUGAGGGAGCCCCCGGUGAGCAGGCGGCCGCUCAGCCCCCCAUGGAGAUCCCAGAAGGAACCACAGCUGAAGAGGCAGGCAUUGGAGACACCCCCAACCUGGAAGACCAAGCUGCUGGACAUGUGACCCAAGAGCCUGGGAGUGUCAAGGUUGUCCAGGAAAUCUUCCUCAGGGAACCAGGGCUCCGUGGAGGUGAGGCCAUGGACCCCGGAACCCCAGGUCUGACCUGCCAGCACGUGUCUGACAUGCCUGGGGCUCCCAUCCUGCCCGAAGGCUCCAGAGAGGCCACACACCAGCAUUCGGGGCCAGAACCUGAGGAUGCAGACGGCAGCCGCUGCGGCUCUGAGCUGCUGGAGUGCCAGCUUCUGGGAGACCUGACCCAGGAGGGGCCACCUCUGAAGAGGGAGCAGGGCAAAGAGAGGCUGGGGGGCAAGGAGGUGGAUGAAGACCGGGACACUGACGAGUCCUCUCCCCAGGACUCCUUUCCCUCCCAGGUCUCCGCACAUCUGCAGAGCCCCACCACCCGAGGCGAGCCAACCCCCGACGCAGUUUCCGGAGAAGCCCCUGGGAUCCCUGGUUUCUCAGCCAAGGGUGCCAUCCCCCUCCCUGUCGAUUUCCUCUCUAAAGCUUCUGCAGAGACCCGGGUCUCAGAGCCCGAUGGGCCCGGGGAGGGGUCCCCAGCGGAAAGGCACGACGGGCCCCCCGAGUUCAUGUUCCACGUGGAAAUCAAAGCCAAUGUGCAGAAGGAGCAGGGACCUUCGGAGGUGGAUUUGGAAGGGGCUGCAGUUCCUGGGGCCUCUGGAGCAGAGCAAGAGCCCUGGGGCCCCUCUGAGGGCGAGGACACAAAAAAGACUGCCCUUCCAGAACCAUCUGAAAAGCAGCCUGCAGCUGGUCUGCCAGGGAAGCCCGUCAGCCGGGUUCCUCAACUCAAAGCUCGCACGGUCAGUAAAGGCAAAGAUGGGGCUGGACCCGAGGACAAAAAAACCAAGACAUCCACACCUUCCUCUGCUAAAACCCUGAGCAAUAGGCCUUGCCUUAGCUCCAAACGCCCCACUCCUGGUAGCUCAGACCCUUUGAUCAAACCCUCCAGCCCCGCCGUGUGCCCAGAGCCAUCUUCCUCUCCUAAACACGUCUCUUCUGUCACGCCCCGAACUGGCAGUUCUGGAACAAAGGAGAUGAAAGUCAAGGGGGUGGAUGGUAAACCUGGAACGAAGAUCGCCACACCCCGGGGAGCGGCCCCUCCAGGCCAGAAGGGCCCGGCCAACGCCACCCGGAUUCCAGCGAAAACCACGCCCACCCCGAAGACCACGCCGACCCCGAAGACCCCACCGGGCACGGCUACCAAGCAAGUGCAGAAAAAACCACCCCAUGGAGGGGCAAAAUCUGAGAGAGGUGAAUCUGGGAAAUCCGGGGACCGCAGUGGCUACAGCAGCCCCGGCUCCCCAGGCACUCCGGGCAGCCGCUCCCGCACCCCUUCCCUACCGACCCCGCCCACCCGGGAGCCCAAGAAGGUGGCAGUGGUCCGCACUCCACCCAAGUCGCCGUCUGCAGCUAAGAGCCGCCUGCAGACCGCCCCCGGGCCCAUGCCAGACCUGAAGAACGUCAAGUCCAAGAUCGGCUCCACAGAGAACCUGAAGCAUCAGCCGGGAGGCGGGAAGGUGCAGAUAAUUAAUAAGAAGCUGGAUCUUAGCAACGUCCAGUCCAAGUGUGGCUCAAAGGAUAAUAUCAAACACGUGCCAGGAGGCGGCAGUGUGCAAAUAGUCUACAAACCAGUGGAUCUGAGCAAGGUGACCUCCAAGUGUGGCUCAUUAGGCAACAUCCAUCAUAAGCCAGGAGGUGGCCAGGUGGAAGUAAAGUCUGAGAAGCUGGACUUCAAGGAGAGAGUCCAGUCCAAGAUCGGGUCCCUGGAUAACAUCACCCACGUCCCUGGCGGAGGGCAUAAAAAGAUCGAAACCCACAAGCUGACCUUCCGCGAGAACGCCAAAGCCAAGACCGACCACGGGGCAGAGAUUGUGUACAAGUCGCCCGUGGUGUCGGGGGACACGUCCCCACGGCACCUCAGCAACGUCUCCUCCACCGGCAGCAUCGACAUGGUGGACUCACCGCAGCUGGCCACGCUCGCCGACGAGGUGUCCGCCUCCCUGGCCAAGCAGGGUUUGUGA